UGAAUUUUAAUGCUCGUUAAUAAAUAGGUGAGCACUUGAAAUGAGAACGAAAAAUGGCAGUUUUCAGUUCCCUCGACAGAUAUCGAUACCGAGAGGGUUCAGUUGUUUGUAAGCCGCGUUCUCUGCUAGGGGGUGUAAAAGUUGAGAAGCCAGUGAAAUGAAGUGUUUAGCACUGGUUGGCAUUUUCCUCAUCAGUUAUCAGUUUUCGGCUGGACUUUUGGUGAAACAGUACAACUGUGACAACUACAUCCUUUCCUGGUGUCAACUGCACAAUGUUACGGUCCAAUCGGAUCGGGAUCUUCUUUCGGUUGCGUUUCCUAAGGCGCAACAAGUUGGAUUUCUCAAUGGUUCGAUUCCACAUUUCUCACAUCUCAUGAACUUGAGUUUGUUCAAAGCCGGAGUUCUACGACUCUUCGCCCGCGGAACUAUAAUUCAUCGACUUACUCUACCCAACACAAUCGAGCAACUGUACUUUCGAGACAACGGCAUAUACGUCGUAGACAUUGACUCAAAAGCAACGUACAGCAUGAAGUUUUUGAGAAUCCAUGUGAAUAAACUGCGGGAUGUGUCGAACUUCAAGCAGCUGCGGAACCUUGUGGAACUGAAUCUCUGUGAUAAUAUAAUCGAACAAGUGUCUUUUGACACAUUCGCUGAAAUGUCUAACCUCAAACAGUUGCUGCUCUGUGGGAACCGUAUCAAAACUAUCGACGCUAGCAUGAACAUUUACCUACCUAACCUCUAUCAUCUCGAUCUGUCCAGUAAUUUUCUGUUCAAUCGAACUUCUCUGGACCGGUGGCAGUUCCCUCGAUUGGGAAACUUUUCGCUCCGGGACAAUCUGCUUACCAGUCUCGAUGUUCGAAUCAUCGCACAGCGCUUCCGUGCGCUUCAAAUCUUGGAUGUCGAGCAUAACUCGUUGGAUUGCGACACCUACCGGCAGCUGUUGGAGGUAGUUCAGCAGCGUAAAAUCAUCUACAACGUCGAUAAGCGAGCUUGCAGCACCACUCCAACAACGGUGGUGACACGCUCGGUAUGGGAAACCGAACACGACAACGAAUUUGUUAGCGAUCAGCAACAGGAGAUUAGACAGCUGAAGGAGCGCAUCUAUCAGCAGGCGAAAGUCAUCAACAACCAGCGCUCUGAAAUCGAUCAACUGAGGGCCAACCUCAGCACGCUGAUGGAACAGUUUGAUCUCGUAGUUGGACCGCUGCGAGCUAAUGAUCCGUUUUGAGCGGCGUUUUCAAUGUGUGUGUCUGUGUAAAAGUGCAUUUAAUAGUAUUCAUUCCAGAACAAUGUUCACGUGUUUUUUUUCAGUCAGUAUUUAACAAUAUUUACAUUAUUUGAAAUUAAAUACACUUUUGUGUAAUGGAACCGAUAAAUUUGUUUGUUCAAGUUGAAUGUUUGUUACUUAAGUGCAAUUAACAUUUCUAAGCUAAAAAUUUGUUGCCCAUACUCUUAUGGAUUUUUGCCAUUUAUGAGUUAGCUUGAUGAAUAAUGUCUAUUUUUACUAUACCUUGAUUAAUUGCAAAUAUAA